GCUGGACCCCAAUCCGAUCGGCGCUGCCUGGGCCAUGUGGGCAAACACGUGGAUCCGGACGGUCGCAGGCUUAAUACAGACGUGAGUCGCUCUGUUGGCUCUCGUGGUUCCUGCAGGGGGAAGGCAAAGGCGAGUCCGCCUGCGCGGGAGCCCAGCCCCGGGCGGCCAGCCAGCAGGACAGGCUGGGCCGGCAAGCAGCGCCCGGGCCUCUCCCGGCCGCGGCAGCUUUGUGUGCAGCGCCCCCGGCGCCGUGCGGAGGGCGCAGCCAUGCUGCAGUGUGCCAGGCGGCGGCUGAGCCUGCAAGUGCUGGGAAGGGAGAGUCGGGCGCAGCAGCCCGCGCGUGCGGGCCCGGAGAAGACCGCGCUGGUGCCGCAGGGCGGGAGGAGGCGGGCGCUGCUGGGCAGGGGAGGGUUUGUGCCUUGCAGGUGUGGGGCUAGCGAUCGCGCCGGGGCAGGGGGUGCGCCGCCCCUGCCUUCGGCCCAUCGCCCCCGGGCGGUCAGAGCGCUGUGUUCCGGCUCGCCCCGGCAGGGAGAUGGGGCCGAGUCGGAAGAGCAGGUCGCUGCCGCCGUGUCGCGGGUCGCGGACUCCCCCCCGGCGGCUGCCUCGCCGGCGGACCCGGGUCAGGUGCUGAGGAGCCGGAGGAGGCGAGCUUGGGAAAGGGCCCUGUCUCCCCUGGAAAGAGUGAGCCGACUGCUGCCGGAGGAGUUGCUCUCGGAAGAGAUCCGGGACAUACGGCGCGCAGACCAGGGGGAAUCGAGGCAGGAGGACGGCAGUGAAAACAGCGACUCUCACCCGCUCCAGCGGCCGGCUGCCCGUAGGGCUCCCCCAGCACAGCCGCAGAGGGAUGAAGACAAUACGCCUGUUGACACCCAUAACACGGCGGCGAAAGAUGGGACUUUCCAAGUCGGGGACUUGAUCUUAGCAGAGUUUCGCAGAAAAACCUACACGGAGUUUAAACAUAUGCGUAACCUGACAGCUGUCGGGAAAUUGAAUAGCAAUUGGGGAGCUAUUAGCCACCUGGAUAUCAUAGGCAAGCUACCGGGCCAAAUGUUUAGGACUUCUAGUGGGUUUCAGUUCCUGAUCAGGAGACCAGCCUUAGAAGAUUUUGUGCUGUUGAUGAAGAGAGGACCUACUAUUUCAUAUCCAAAGGAUAUUAAUGCAAUGCUGAUGAUGAUGGAUAUCAACCAAGGAGACACUGUGGUGGAAACUGGUACUGGGUCUGGUGGUAUGAGCUUGUUUCUAUCAAGAGCAGUUGGGCCUCGAGGACGUGUUAUAAGUUAUGAAAUCAGAAAAGAUCACCAUGCGGUAGCUAAGAAGAAUUACAGGCGCUGGCGUGAUGCAUGGGAAAUAGGACAUGCAGAAGAGUGGCCAGAUAACGUGGAUUUCAUUAAUAAAGAUAUUUUAACAGCUGCUGAGGAUAUGAAAUCUAUAACAUUCGAUGCAGUAGCUUUAGAUAUGCUUAACCCUCAGAUUGCUUUGCCUGUUGUGUAUCCAAAUCUUAAGCAGGGUGGUGUAUGUGCUGUAUACCUAGCCAAUAUCACACAGGUUAUUGAUCUGUUGGAAGGAAUACGGACCUGCAAUCUCUCUCUUUUAUGUGAAAGGAUCAUUGAGGUGACUCACAAAGAUUGGUUGGUACUCCCUGCUAAGCGGAAGGAUGGCAGAUUAGCCCUAAGAGUGGAACCUCAACCAAAAGAAGGUGAAGAACUUCCUAUUCAGGAUCAAGCAGUAGUUGGAGAAAGUGACGAUAUUGAAUCACUUUCCGAUUAUGUCGAACCAUAUGGUUCAGUGCCUUACAUUGCGAGACCUUACCCUUGGCAAGCUGGUCACACAGCAUUUCUCAUCAAGAUGAGGAAAUAUAAAGUGGCAUAUCCAGACACUACUCCAGAUGGCAGCUGCUAAUUUGAGUUACUGUACUUUGCCAGAAUAAAAUUAAAUGUUGUAAAUGGCUGUUGAA